AUGCAGGUUACAUUUUCUGGGGAAAAUAAUGAAAAUGUUACGAAAUGGUUGAAAGAUGUUACAAAUGCAUUUAAAUUAGCUGGUUUUAGUGAUACAGAGAAAAAUAAAAGUAUAUCCACGUUUUUACGUGAUCAUGCAUUAACGUGGUAUACUCACAAUAUGGACGAUAUGGAUAUCUGGAGCAAAUUUAAUGAUAACGUACAAAAACCAUAUUCGUCACCGUUAGUUAAAGAACAAGCAGCAAGUUCGAAACCGUCAACAAGGUGUCGAAGAAGCAGUUAUACAUUAUUAUCAACAUCCACCAUUACAUCAACACAAAUUUAUCCACAACAUCAACAAAUGUUUCCGCACCAGUAUGGUCCAAGUUAUUAUCUAAAAGCGCAACAACAAUAUCCAGGGGUAAAUACAAAUUAUUAUCGUUAUCAGCAAACACAACAACAACGAUUACCGCCACUCCCAAGAUGUUAUCAAUGCAACAGGACGGGUCAUUUUGCACGUGAUUGUUGGUCAAAAAACUUCUAA